AUGAACCUCAGGAGGAUUUUCCUAGUCAAGUGCUUGCUGCUUUGGUUUCCCAAUGUAAAAGGCGCCGACACCAAAAGGAUUUAUGUGGCAGUGGAUGGGUCAGCUUUUCUCAACAUCAUGACUACUGGGACUGUGCAUGAGGCAACAUGGUCAAGAAAUGAUCAGAGGUUACUUCAGAUAAAAAAUAAGAAAAUUAAGUAUUACACAGACAGUAGUGGCUGCAGGUGCAAGGUACUCCUCAAUGGGACUCUACAAAUACAGCAUGUGAUGAAAGAGGACAGCGGCAUGUACACAGUGCUUGUUUACCACGAAGACGGAAAACUGAAGGCAGAAGAAAAAACAGCACUCAUUGUUCAGGAGCCUGUCCCUCAGCCAGUCAUCUACGCUGAAUGCAUUAAUAAAACCACAACUGUGAAAUGUGAAGUGAAGCAGACGUCUAAGAACCAAACAUUUAUGAUAGAAGUGGCUCAUGAUAAAAUUAAAAAAAGUAAUUUAACAAAGGUGGAAUUUACUACAACCCAUUCUGGGAGGUUCAGAUGUACUGUUAAGAAUGAAGUCAGCAAAAAAACAACUGAGACACAAGUCAAGUGUUCAGGCCAGCUGGACUUCUAUCUUAUCAUAAGCAUAGCAGGAGGCGCAAUAUUGUUUGUCACCUUUGUGAUUUUGCUUAUUUUCUGCAUCAGGAAGAAAAAAACAGAAAGGCUUGAAGAUGAUGAUGAGGAGAGGAUGAUGCAGAUUCGCAAGGUAGAGACCGAGAUGGCAGUGCGGGAGCUCCCUCGUCCGCCAGCCAACCCUACCCCGCGGCAGGUGCGCCUGCAGCAGAGGCCUCUGCCGCAGCCCCAGGGGCAGCAGCAAGCCGUGCCUCCGUGGCCCAGGCCACGCACCCAGCCGCGGACUCCAAACCAACCGAGAGAGAGACCUUGA